AUUCUACCUAGGCUAGUUCAUAUAAACAAAAACUAGGCAUAUAUGCUCUCAAUAUAUUUAUAUCUUUCUCUGAACCAAGAAACUCAACCAAUCCUCAGAGAACGGCUUGCAAAUACUGUUGAAAGAAGAUACAUAGGCAAUGAUUUCAAGGGCCACAUCAGGUUUCCAAAGUGUGCAUCAAGGGAUUCAGAUGUUCCCUGACCCCGACGAUUUGGUGUCUCCCUCUAUGGAAAUAAACUCUGCCUCAGCAGGUUCACACUCAAGUUCCCUUCUGUUCAAUCUCUCUGUGCUCAAGGACAAGCUUAGUCAAGUGCAGACCCUGGUUGGUGUUAUUCUCUCACCAAAUCAAAGCCUACCCGAGUCAACAUCCAUGGCCAUAUCCAGCAUGAACUCCACAAUCCAAGAGAUCCUUGUGACUGCCACAUCAAUGAUGUUCACUUGCCAACAAAUGGCUCUCGCUAGUAAUAUCCCACCAGGUACAACUACUACUUGCACCAACCAAUUGCAUAGCCAAGACAAGUUGCCUAACUCAAAUUUUUGCACCAAUAGAAGUGUGCUUAGUAACAUAGGUGCAGAUAUUAGAGGUCAGGAGGGUUUAUUUUCUAGUACUGAAUCAGAGGCACUGGAUUGGUUUGGUGAAAGCUAUAAUAAUAAUGAUAAUAAUAAUAAUAAUAAUAACAAUGAUAAUAGUUUUAACUGUAAGAUUAAGGAGGAUGAUACAGGCGUUGCAAUUAGUGAAAACAAUAAUAGUAGGGGAGGAUUGUCUCCGAGGGAUGAACCUAAUGAAGGUUAUAAUAGAGGGAUUUCAACAAAGAAUAGUGAUAUUGUUGAAUUGGAUGCUGCGGAUUUGUUGGCUAAGUACACACACUAUUGCCAAGUUUGUGGUAAAGGGUUUAAGCGUGACGCAAAUUUGAGGAUGCACAUGAGAGCUCAUGGAGAUGAGUACAAGACUAAUGCUGCUUUGAGUAACCCAAUCAAGAAUAGGGGAAGCUUGGAAGGGGGUAGGGAGUGUUUGAUGAGUAUGAAACCCAAGAAAUAUUCAUGUCCCCAAGAAGGGUGUAGGUGGAACCAAAAGCAUGCCAAGUUCCAACCAUUGAAAUCUAUGAUUUGUGCAAAGAAUCACUACAAGAGAAGCCACUGCCCCAAGAUGUACGUGUGCAAGAGGUGCAGCCAGAAGCAGUUCUCGGUGCUUUCUGAUUUGAGGACACAUGAGAAGCACUGUGGUGAUCUCAAGUGGCAGUGUUCGUGUGGCACUACGUUUUCUAGGAAAGACAAGCUUAUGGGUCAUGUUGCUUUGUUCGUGGGGCACCAACCAGCCAUCAGCAAUGGCUUGUCAUACUCGGGUAAAGUGGAACAGCACACAUUGCAAAUGCAGAUUGAUGGUUGUUCAAGAUAAUAUUUUGGUCUUUAUGAUCAUUGAUCUUAAAGAGGUGCUCUCCCAGCUUCAUCACACUAAUAUUAUUAUAUCUCCUUCGUACUGUCAAUACAAACUUUUUCAUGCAAAAUUUUACCAACUUAUCUCACCGGAUAAGUAACUUAAUUUAUCCCACCUAAAGUAAUCACAUUUUAUCUAUAAAAAAUUAAUAUAAUUUUCAAUAUAAAAUGUCUUAAUUUUAUUAAUUUAUCUAAAAUAUUUUUUUUUAUUCUAUUGAAUAAUUUAAUUAGACAAACUCUUUCGUGCAAAUAUAUAUACUUCAAAAGAAAAACUGGGACUAGGUAUCUCCUUUCUAGAGGUCGGGUAUUAAUUCAGAUUUUCAUCUAUAUAAUUUUAGGUGCAUGCAGAUUAUAUAUUUAUACCAUCUGGGAUUAAUUGUGCAUGCCUUGGAGAUUUCUCUGGUCUAUAGUUGCAUAUGAUUUGCCACAGUAGAUUGUGCGCUGACAUGGCACUUUGGGAUCUUGGAAUGGAUAGUAUUUUGCCUUGCACUAGCUUCUUGAACGGUAUUUCUUUAAUCGAUCUAUAACUAUAAGGUUACUAAGCAUUAUCUUGUUAUAUGUAUAUACUCUCUCUCUCUCUCUCUCUUUUAAUGGUCUCGGUUUUACUGAUUACUCUGUAAUUAUAUUCCUUUAAAGUGAGUAAAAAAGUGUGUUUUUACUUUUGAAUUAUUUAGUGAGCACAAUUAAAAAAAAAAGUCAUAUGU